AUGGCCUCCGCAGCCGCAUUGGAUCCCGUUAAGACGGCCCUGCUUUCCAAUCCCAUCGCUAGCGUUUUAGGAGAUGCCCUCAACUCGUUUAAUGAGCGAAGGGCCAAAUUAGGCCUCUCCAACCCAGGAACCAUCGAGAGUCUUGCCAAGGAGGUUCAACGCGAUGUCUUCCUCAACAAUUAUAUGUUCACCGGAAUGCGUGCCGAUCUCACAAAGAUCUUUAGCAUGGCUCCUCUGUUCCAGGUUUCCCACCAAUUUGCCAUGGGAGAGCGCAUUAACCCCUACACAUUUGCUGCGAUGUACGGAACAGGCAAGGUCUUCUGCCAAGGUAAUCUGGACAACGAGGGUUCUCUCUCCGGUCGAUUCAACUGGAGAUGGUCCGACAAGUUUGUAUCCAAGUCUCAGAUCUCCAUUUCUCCUGGUGGUCAGGAUAUGGCGCAGUUUGAGCACGAGUAUACUGGCAACGAUUUCAGCGCAUCUCUUAAGAUGCUGAACCCUUCUUACCUUGAGGGUGGUGUGACUGGCAUCUAUAUCGGAAGCUACCUCCAGUCUGUUACUCCUAAACUUGCCCUAGGUCUUGAAACUCUGUGGCAGCGACCUGCUCUCACCCAAGGCCCCGAGUGCGCUGUCUCUUAUGCUGCCCGGUACAAGUCUGCAGACUGGAUCGCUACCGCUCAGCUUCAAGCUGCUAUGGGCACCCUUAACACUUCUUACUGGCGACGACUCUCGGACAAGGUUCAGGCCGGUGUUGAUCUGAGCCUUGGCCUCGUUCCCUCUGCCGGUGGCCUCAUGGGUGGUGGCCUUCAGAAGGAGGGCGUCACCACUAUUGGUGCCAAGUACGAUUUCCGCAUGUCUACUUUCCGAGCUCAGGUGGACUCCAAGGGCAAGCUUAGCUGCGUUCUGGAAAAGCGUGUUGCGCCACCCGUUAUGAUGACAUUUGCUGCUGAUAUUGAUCACUUCACGCAUCAAGCUAAGAUUGGGUUGGGCGUCUCAAUUGAGGCAGCCCCUGAGGAGCUCCAAGAACAACAGGAGUCUCUUGGCUCCCAGCCUCCCCCUAACAUUCCCUUUUAA